AUGGCCGCCUCCUUGACCUCUCUGCUCGCGCGGUCCAGCAUAGACGAUCCCUCCGAAGCCCUCUCGAUCGCUGAUGCCGCCAUUGCAUCAUCUAAGUCCGAUCUGACUGCGCAGCACACCAAGGUCGUCGCCCUGCUGCGGCUCGAUCGGUACGACGAUGCCCUCCGAGUCAUCGCUGCUGCCGGCAGCGCCCUCGAAGACCGCUGCAUUCUUGAGAAGACAUAUGCCUUGUACAAGACGGGUGCCCUGGACGAGGCUGCUUCCCUGCUCGAGGGUCGCGACGUCUCUCAGGCAGAACGACCACUGAAGCACGUCGCUGCGCAGAUCGCCUAUAGAACCGAGCGAUUCAGCCAGGCCGCCGAACUUUACUCGCUGCUGAUGCAGGAUGACCACGCUGCGGUACUCGGCGAGGAUACAGAUCUGGUUAUCAACCAGCUGGCUACGCACGCGCAGCUUGAGUGGCAGGGCCGGGGCGAUUUGGUGCCGGACAAGAGCAAGCAGCCUAGGAGAGAGGAUAUGGAGGCUUUCGAAACGGCCUACAAUGCUGGGUGUGGCUGCAUUGCGAGAGGGGACUUGGCAAAGGCGUCAAUCUUGCUCAAGAGGGCCGCCGAUCUUUGCGACGCGGCAGAGGAUCUGAGUGAGGAGGAUAAAAGAGUCGAGAUGCUGCCUAUCAAGCUGCAGCAGGCUUACGUUCUUGCGCUUUUGGGCAAGACGGAAGAGGCGGCAGCUCUGCAGAAAGAGACUGAGAGCUACGAAACCUCUGACCUGUCCAUCAAAGCUGCAGCAGGGUGGAACUCACUGAUCGCGAAGUCCCUCUCUAACCAGUACAUGGUUCAGAGACUCUCUGAGCUGGUGCCUGAGGCAAAGAUUGGCAACGACAGGUUGUUCAAACACCAAUCCGUGGGCGUAUCCCGUAAUCAGCAUGCAAAUGCAUUGCAGUGUUACAAGUAUAAAGAGGUAAAGGACAAGACCGCUGCGCUCUUGAAACAGAACGGUGUACCUUCAACAGAUCUGGAGCGGGUGUAUGCCGGCUACUUCAACGCAGCGGCGAAAGCAAAAUCCCAAACAGAUAAAGAGGCGUUGAAGAAAACCCUCGCUGUUCUUGAGAAGAGACCAUACGACGUCGGUCUUCUGCUCACCGUCAUACAUCUUUACAUCCAAGCCAAGAACUACGACAGCGCAAUCGACGUCCUUCAAAAGUUCUUCAAGUAUGUCGAAUCGGCAGGCACUGCCGACCACGAGGAUGUGAGAUACGCUCCAGGACUCGUUGCUUUAGCUGUAGCCCUCUACCGCACGCAGAAUCGCCGGAAGGAAAUUCGAAAUGAGUUGGGCCGGGCGGCAGCGUACUGGCAGAAGAUACCCAAGAACUCCUCCACGACUCUGCUCCGCGAAGCAGGAAUAGAACUCCUUCAUUCGUCUAAACCAUCCGACCUUGCCACUGCCGGCGCCGCAUUUGAGCGCAUGGUCGAACAGGACUCGGAGGAUAGGAUUGCACAAGCAGGACUCGUCGCGUCUUUCGCGACGACCGACUACUCCAAGGUGGAACCGCAUCUCUCAUCGCUCAGCUCGGUGGAAGAGCUUACGUCCGGUAUUGAUGUUUCCGCUCUUCUCGAUGCGGGCGUGCCUUCCUUCCCUGCCCCUCAACAGCCAUCCAAGAAGCGAAAGGCCGACGACGUCGAAGCUGGGACCGGAGCGCAACCGUCAUCUGACAAGCCAAAGAAGAAACCCCGUCUGGGUAAGAAUUACGAUCCUAACGUCAAGCCUGACCCCGAACGGUGGUUGCCCAUGCGUGACCGGUCAUACUACAAGCCCAAGGGCCGGAAAGGCAAGAAGCGAGCCGCCGAGUCGACGCAGGGCGGAGCGGUCGCCAAUGAGACCGAGACGCUGAACCUCGCUGGUGGCGCUGGACAGAUCAAGGUAGAAAAGGCGCCGCAGGGAGGUGGUGGUGGCGGAAAGAAAGGCAAGAAAGGGAGAAAAGGCUAG